AUGAUUAGCAAGGAAGAGGAGGACGAAGACGACGACGACGAGGAGGAGGACGAGGACGAGGACGAGGACGAGGACGAGGACGAGGACGAGGAGGACGAGGAGGACGAGGAGGACGAGGAGGACGAGGAGGACGAGGAGGACGAGGAGGACGAGGACGAGGAGCAGGAGAAGGGAGAAGAGAAGGACGAUACGAAGAACCAGAAGAAGAUGGAAAGGAAACGGAGAGAAGGAAGCAUGCUGGCAGGAGGCUCGAAGGGGAAGAAAGCUAAAGGCAAGCGAAAGGCCAAGGCACAAACCUCGAGCAGCAUAAGCAAGAGGUCUCGAGUUCAGGGAGGAAUCUGUCUAAGCGAUGAGGAGGACGGCAACAAGGAGCAGGAGCAGGAGCAGGAGCAGGAGCAAGAGCAAGAGCAGGGGAAGCAGGAGCAGGAGGAGGAGACGGAGGAGGAGAAGAAGAGGAAGGAGGAGGAAGCGAAGAAGAAGAGUAGGGUGGAUGAGAUGUUCGAGGAGAUGAAAAGAGAGGAGAGCAAGAGGAGGGAGAAGAAAUCGAGCGAUCUUUCCUCUUUUAUCCAGAACCUCGUCUCGAAGUCAAAUGACCCCACCAAGGCAAGCAAGGAUGUCGCGUCCAUGUUCCCAACGACGGUCAGGAAGGAGAAGACGACUAAAGUGCAGGAGAAAGUUGAGUUUGCAGGAGAGAUGGUGAUGGUAGAGAGAGAGGUCAAGCAAGAUUCUGAGGAGGGGAGGAAAAUCUUGAAGAGGAACAACCUGGACGACCUCGUCUCCCGCAUCACAGGCAAGAGCAAGGGCAUCACGACGCUGUCUAAGACUGAGCAUGACUGGAACAAGUUCAAGAAGGACGAGAAGAUUGAGGACGAGUUGAACACCUACCGCAAGAACGGAUACAUCGAAAAGAUGAAGUUCUUGAAGCAAACUGACGAGAAGCUUGAAGAAGACCUCAGAAAACAACGGCAGGAGGAGGUCGUGUUUGUGAUAUUUGUGAUAUUUGUGAUGUUAGUGAUGUUUGUGGGUGUUGACCCUGAACUGUACUAUCUUGUUUGCUGA